UUUGUGCAGACACUUUCACUAUGUCGAGGUUCAAAACAGUAAUUUGGCCUAAAGUCAUUUUAUUUGGGGACUCCAUCACACAGUUUUCAUUUCAAGCCAAUGGUUGGGGUGCAGAAAUUGCCAACAAACUAGCAAGAAAGUGUGAUGUUGUAAACAGAGGACUGUCCGGCUACAACUCUAGAUGGGCUAAGAUAGUUCUUCCUCGCCUCAUCGACAGCCCAAACUCAGCAGACAACAACAUAGCUGCUGUCACGGUCUUCUUUGGAGCCAACGACUGUGCACUGGAAGAUAAAAAUCCCCAACAGCACGUCCCUCUGCAGGAGUAUUCAGAGAACCUGAAGGAAAUCACAAGGCUUCUGGCUUCAGCUGGAGUUUCAGCAGACAGAGUUAUCUUCAUCACCCCUCCACCUGUCCAUGAGCCAGCCUGGGAGAAGGAGUGCAUUCUGAAAGGAUGUCCACUCAAUCGCCAUAACUCUGCAGCGGGGCAGUAUGCCCAGGCAUGUGUCCAGGCUGCCAGUCAGUGUGGUACAGACGUCCUGGACCUCUGGACACUCAUGCAGAAAGAUGGACAGGACUACACAGUCUAUCUGUCGGACGGGCUGCAUCUCUCACAGAAGGGAAACCAGUUUGUGUCACAGCACCUGUGGGAGCUGCUGGAGAGUCGGGUAGCUGAUCUGCCCUUCAUCCUGCCUUACUGGGGAGACGUGGACGCCAACAGUCCUGAGAGCAGCCUCCUCUGUAACUAGUGAAGGAGAGGAUGUCGGUUUUGAAAAUUAUUUUCCAAGAUCCUACAGGGCUGGAUAUUCUAUGAAAAACAAAACACUCACUAGCACUCCUUUGUUGCACUUGUUGGAAAUGUCCAAGUGAAUGGAUGAAGCAGCGGUGUUUGCCAGUAUGUCAAAUGUGAGACCACGUAUCAAUGUUUAAAAUGCAGAAUAAAGAUUUUUAUUUUGA